UUUCCGAAAAUGAUGUGUCUUCCUAAAGCAAUCUUUGUGGUCAUAGCUGUUUGUAUUUUAACCAUCUCUCAGGCAGAAAAUACUUACGCCAAUGGAAAUCCUAAUGAAUUUCCAUACCACGUUCGUAUUGCAAUUGAUGUCUCUUUUUUGGAUCUUCCUCUUUUGGGUGAUAUUCAUUUGUAUAGAGAAAUAUGUCAAGGGGCCAUCAUUUCAACAACCAAAGUUCUUACAGCAGCAAGUUGCAUAAAGGAUGGUGAAAUUAUUCCUAUUCUUAUGGCAGUUAAAUAUACAAUUGUAGCCGACGAUUCCGGACCAAGUGAUCCCAAUGUUUUCUCAAAAGUCGCUGCAAGAGCUUCCAUAACCACCGAAUACAAUUGCGAACCGCAAGGAAAUCAAUUUGGAGUACUAGAAGUGGAUGAUCCAUUUAUUUUCAACGAUGAUGUUGAUUCUUUACCUCUUGAUUUGUCUUACGACUAUACAAAGUUAUUUGGUGAUGAAAAAGAUUUUGAUUUUGGAUUUACCAUGUAUAGUGCACAAGACGAUGGAGAACUGAUGCCUUUUAAAUUUGAUCACAUGAUGUUCUGCAAUGCAUUUGAAAAUAGUCCACAAGAUAUACCGCCUGGAACCUUUUGUGGAUUUGUAAGUAACGGCAAAGACCUUAAAGGGCAAGCUAAACGUGGAGGUGCUGUUUUUGUCAAUGACAAUAGUGACAAUAAGAUAAUAGGUAUUGGAGUUAUUAUAGACUUUGAAUAUGAAACAACCAAUCCACCUGGCCUAGUUGUGGGGUUCUAUAGAUUUGCGAGUUUGUGCGAAGCAAACGGCGCUGAUUAAACAACCAACAUUCUUUUGUAAUUUGAAGAAUUAUAAUCAUUUUGAAUAAACCAAUUUGGGUUAAAAUUGGUUAAAUAAAUGUGUGAAUUCAA